AACGAGCCCCGCCGUCGUUGCAGGGCGGGAAAUCUGCAAAAAUUUGUGAACCUUUUACAUAUAAAAACAACAAAGACCGCGCUUACUUAAGUGUAAUCUCCUUCGCCCCUCUUUCUCCCUCUCCCCUCCCUCUAUCUCACCCUCGGGUUCGGUUUAUUCUUCUACUCACUUUUUUAUUUUUAAUGUCGUCGUCUUCUUCUUCUUCCUCUUCGGAAGGAAGCGCUGAAGGAGGAGGGGAUGUCCAUGUCCAUGGAGGACAAGGAAGGGGAGGAGAGUUCGAAAGGCCUUCCUCAUCUCGUCAAAGAUCCGGUGAUGGGGUUUGGCCGGAGCCUUUCGUCGAAGCUCUUGCGUAUCAAGUGGCCAUUGAUGCUGCUCGAACCAUUGGUCGCCUUGCUGCUGGUCCCGCCGUCGCCAAUGUCUUUCAGGUGUGCUCUACGUGGCGAGCUGUGUCACGCUCCGACCUUUUAUGGCACAACCUCACUCGUCAGAUCUGGGGAGCUGACCGUCUACAGCAUGACACAUGGCGUGACGAAUUUAUAAGUCGUCAUCGUACGGCCUUUAACUUCCGCUAUCGAAGAGCUGUGUAUACAACAUUGGAGUUCGACGCCUCCGGUAACGACAACGACGGCCUUAUUUGUAGGUGCCUCGCUCUCUCCGACGUGCAUCUCGCCUGCGGCUUCCUUGAUGGAACCGUCCGCCUCUUCGAUCUCUCGUCCAGGCUUCACGUUGGUACGUUUCGACCGCACCACCGUGACGACCUCCUGGGUGCCUUUUCGCGUGCUGUCUCGGGUAUCAUUCUCACGGAUACGAAACUCGUUUUUGCAUCCUUGGACGGGGAUAUCCACGUAGCCAACAUCCAUGGCGUUGGCACGCGUAGGGCCCAGUUGGGGAGCGUGUUGAACGACGGCACGUUGGUGGACUUCAGCGGUUGUGCGCGGUGGUGGGUGGGCCUGUUCGCCGGUGUUCCGGGGCGUGCUUUCCACGUGUGGGAUGGUGACACGGAGGAGCUGAUGUUUGUUGGUGGGUCCUUGACUGACCCGGAAGCUGUGAUUGGAUGGCGCCUGCUGACGCGACUGGGGGAGACGGUAGGACGAAUCAGAGUGUCGGGCUUGGAAACGGCGGUUGCAUGCACUGGAUCGAGGGUGAUGGUGUUUGAUCUGCAGAACCAAGGGUUGAUAUUGGGGGAGGAGGAAUUCGAACGGGGCAUCAAUGUGAACUCGGUUGAUGUGUGUAACGAUGUGUUCUUGGUAGUUGACAACCGUGGUCUAGCCAGUGUGCGUCGUGUAGGUAGCUUUGAGGAGGUGUGUAGGUUUACGAUGAGGGGAGGAGCGCAUCGAGGCGGAGGAAUGGUAUUGGGGUGCGUCAACAGUGACUACGCGUUUUUGUGUAGUGGAGGGGUGAUUAGGGUGUGGGACGUGCAUCAUGGUGGCUAUCUGUACCGUCUCAGGGAGAGGAUGGGGGAGGCCACUGCGUUGAUCUCCGACGAAAGUUACGUGGUUGCUUCUUCCUCUGACGCCACCAUACAUCUGUGGGAUUUUGGAGCUCUUUAGCGGGUGUGGAUGUGGUUAUGGGUAUGCGGUGAUGGGUUGUUAAUGGAUUUAUCUAACGACUUAUAUAACAAAACAAAAGUCCAUUGCUGUUUGCUGACUGACGUUAAAAGAGAAACUGAGAAAAAGGAGAAAAAAAAAAAGAAA